AUGGAGAGUAUUGCUAACUGCAAGAGAGCCUACACUGAUGCCCCAAGGGGAGCUAACUGUUACUGCACGCCAGCCAAAGUUUGCUACCAUCGUCACUUCCAAGUAAAGCCCAUCGUAGUAGACAGUAGUCUCCCACAUGGUGGAAUAUUCAGCAACAAAAGCAGGGGAUCACACGACUCUGACUACUACCUAGAGGUCAAUGUGACAAACCGUGCCAAGCUUAAAACAAAGAUGGAGUUUAAAGUUACAGUUGAUACAAGCCCCCCUCAUCCUGGCGUUGUUAAGGAUGGUCAGAUAGGGAACCCGGAAGUGGACUACCAGCAGCAUCUCCAACUCUCCAGCCAAUGGGACGGAUUUUUUGACAAAGAGAGCGGAGUCAAAUUUUACCAAUAUAAAUUUGGGCCUCAAUGUCUCUCAGCAAAUGAAUUUGGAGUUAAUAAAUCUUCAUUUGAGGUCACGGAAACCUAUUCCACAUCCGCCUCCUGGACAGCGCCCUCUGUCGGCAAGUUUCACGUGACAGUGGUGGCCUUCAACCGAGCACUGGGAGCAUCUGACCCCGUGUGUUCUGACGGAGUGACUGUAGACACAACACCACCCAGUGUCAGUGAGGUGGCAGUGAGAGACUCUAGGGUGAUGGAGGGGCUGGUCAAGUCAUCAGAUAAAGUUGUGUGGUUCAUCGACGCCCACAGGAGACGUACCCUGGUGGUCAAUCCAGAUGGCAGUUGCAGUUCCAAGGCCACGCCAGUAGAUGACCAGAGAAUGUCCCUGUUUCCAAUACAUCGAUACAACAAUGGAAGUGGGAUGCAACUUGGGAUCAAUCCUGAGUGUGAAUCUUUACUAGCAUUACCUGUCAGCUUCACCAACUUACUCUAUGUCUACAGGGAACACCAUGUGAGUACCUUAUGUAAUGAAGAUCGCAAUGAAGUACCAGCAUGCACACCCUUUGUGUAUAUUUUAAUACUCAUUAUUUGUGAAACUUAA